AUGGCAAUCACCUUGUUCGACUAUUUUCCCUAUACCAUGGGAAUCAUGGAAAACGGUCACCAGAGAGUUUACGGAAUGACGGGCUCACUCUUCGGAAACAUCACGGCAGCAUUGAACAUCAGUUACAGAAUUUUGAACAGCGUUGACGCCUACUGGGGGAACCUGUUGGAUGACGGCAACUUCACAGGUCCUUUGGGAAUGCUUCAAAGAAAUGAAGCGGACAUUGCCGUGGGCCCAUUUUCCCUCAAAGUGGACUACCUACGUUACUUCUACACGGGCGAAACGCACAUCUACGAGGACGUGCCAAUCCUCAGCGGACUUCGGAGGCCAUACCUGGCCGAUCCCUUUUCUUCUGCCACUUCGUUUGAAUCAGAAACGCUGGCGCUGCUCCUUGUCACGAUGCUUGUUCUGGUACUGCUGACGACGUUCUUUCAAAAGUCAAAGGUUGGCGAAGGUCCACUGAAGAAGCUUUCCACUUUUUUCUGGAUGUACGUCGAGUCGCUUUUCAUUGAGUCGACCCGGCUGAAACCCCUGCGCGGCGCGGCUGCCCGCAUCCUCUUUGGCGUGUGGCUGCUGGGCAUUGUCGUGUUCAGCCAGUACCUGACAGGCCAGGUGAAGGCCAGCCUGAUGGUCAAGGCACCGGUGUCACGCAUCGACACGGUGACAGAGCUCCUGAGCCGAGAGCCUCCCAUUCGACCAGUCACGCUCAAAGCUUCCCCCUUUAUGAAUAUGCUUCAGUUCUCAGGGCUGGACACGUACCGGGCUCUGCACGAGCGGAUCGUGCGAUUCGCCGGUGAACUGCCCCAGUCCGAGAUCUACACGACGAAGAUUUUGCGCGACGUGCUCGACGGCCGCACCGCUAUCCUCAUGGAUACCACGGGCAACCGCAUCUCAGUGGCACGCUCUUGCAGCACCCUGGGAGGUUUUUUCCACGUGUCCAGCGAUAUCCUCGAAACGGCUGACUUCCGCUGGUACAUCAACCAGCGGCUAGACAAGGCCCUCGUCAGAGCCAUGGACGUCAGAAUCCGUUGGUUGCUGGAGGCCGGGGUGCCCUUCAUGCGGCACCACGAGAUGUUUCCCCAGCCGGCCACCUGCUUCCUCGACUUCCAAGGAGCGCCGGGAGACCAGUACGAAGACCUCAGGUUCCAGGACCUCAGCCUGGCCUUCAUGUUCCUGCCGCUGGCCGCCGCCUUCACCCUGCUCGUACUCGGCGCCGAACUGGUCGUUCACCGACACAGAAAAUUCAAUUUCCUAGGGUUUUAUAACGCGCACAUGAACGCAUCGUAUUACUUAGCGCCAUAG